GACUUCGGCUCCAUCUCUGUCACCAUCCCCAAAUCCAUGGCCAAUUCCCUCACAAACACCAGAUCGAUUCCUUAUUCUGGAUGUGUUGCCCAAGUCUUUUUUUAUGUAUUCUUUGCUUCAGCAAAUUUUGCCUUACUUACCAUCAUGGCAUAUGGCCGAUAUGUUGCCAUCUGCCAACCACUGCACUAUGAGAUGGUUAUGACCAGGAGAGCUUUUGUCCAAAUGGCAGCCAGUGCCUGGAUCAGUGGUAUUCUCUACUCUGCACUGCACACUGGGAACACAUUUGCAAUAUCCUUCUGUGGAGGCAACAUGGUGGAUCAGUUCUUUUGUGAAAUCCCCCAGAUACUCAAGCUUGCCUGCUCUGACUCAUACCUUGGUGAAGUUGUUGUUAUUUCUUUUGGUGUGGUUUUAUUUUUAAUCUGCUUUGCUUUUAUAAUUGUGUCGUAUGCUCAGAUCUACAAAGCAGUGCUGAGAAUCCCUUCUGAGCAAGGCCGGUAUAAAGCCUUCUCCACCUGCCUCCCUCAUCUUAUUGUGGUCUCCUUAUUCCUUUUCACUGGCACCUUUGCCUUUCUGAAACCCACCUCCAACUCAACCUCAGAUCGGAAUCUCUUAGUGGCUGUUCUCUAUUCCAUAAUGCCCCCAGUGAUGAAUCCGGUCAUCUACAGCAUGAGAAACAAGGAAAUGAAAGGUGCACUCAGUAAACUGAUAGGUUGGAGGUUAUUCAGCAAGAAUAAAAUGUCUAUAUUUCUCCACUGA